UGGACAGUAUCAGCAAGGGAUAUCACAUAUGAACUACAUAACUACACAAGAAAAUAUAUGAACAAAAAUGGCUGUUAUCUUUGAUUCCUGGAUGAAUGAAAUGUUAGCUCUACUGUCCACAAUUUUUGUGAUUAUCUACGUCACAUUCAAAAUUAAUUAUACCUAUUGGAAGAAGAAGGGACUGCCCUAUUUAGAGCCAUCCUUCCCACUAGGGAAUGCCUGGGAUACGACGCUUAUGAGAAAAAGUCCAGGGGAGGAUAUGCGAGACGUGUAUUUUGAAGGCAAAGGAAAGAGUGUAGUGGGUAUUUACACAAUAAACAGUCCAAUCCUGAUCUUUCGAGACCCAGAUCUAAUAAAGACAAUCAUGGUGAAGGACUUUAACUAUUUCCCUGACCGGGGCGUCUAUAUAGACGAAGAGACAGAUCACCUAUCAGCACACUUAUUCUUCCUCGGCGGCACCAAAUGGAAGUCUCUGAGACAGAAGCUGACGCCCACGUUCACGUCGGGCAAGAUGCGCGCCAUGUUCGGCAUCGUCCAGGACUGCGCGCGCGUUCUUUCUGACGUCACGCCGGCGGGCAGGGUCGUGGAAGUGCGCGAACUGAUUGCUCGCUACUCCACCGACGUCAUCGCCUCUUGUGCCUUUGGGAUCAAUGUCGACAGUCAGCACAACCCGGAGGCGGAAUUCCGGCAGUGGGGUCGGCGCUUCUUUAAGCCGUCUCUCCGUACCUACAUGACCCAGGCGCUGGGAUUUUUCAACCCCAAGCUGCGCAAACUGAUACCUGUAGCCUUCACGCCUAAGGACAUCACAGAGUACUUUACGCGAGUCGUCGAGGACACAGUAAAACACAGAGAGGAGACUGGUGUUAUCAGAAAGGAUUUCAUGCAGCUGCUGAUACAACUGAAAAAUAAAGGAUAUGUUGAUGACAGCUUCUCAAUCAGUGUGGAGAAGAGUGAUGAAGCAGGAGGAAAUAAAUCUCUGACGAUCAAAGAAUUGGCAGCACAGGCGUGGGUGUUUUUCCUCGCUGGGUUCGAAACAUCCUCCACCACCGUAAGCUUCUGCCUGUACGAGCUCUCUAAACACCCGGACAUCCAGAAGCGGCUGCAAGACGAAAUUGAUGCCGUACUGAAGAAGUCCAACGGCGAAGUGACAUAUGAAGAUAUUACGUCGAAUAUGCCAUAUUUGGAAAAGGUUAUAGACGAAACUCUUCGGGUAUACCCACCGGUGGCCGCUCUGAACCGGGAGGUGGUGCAGGAUUACAAACUGCCAGGUUAUGACUGUGUUCUGGAGAAAGGAACUAAGGUCGUCAUUCCAGUGUUGGGCCUUCAUCAUGAUCCCAAGUAUUUCCGAAAUCCUGACCAGUUCGACCCAGAGCACUUCUCUGACGAGCAGAAGGCUUCCAGGCACCCCUUCUGCUAUCUGCCCUUCGGUGAGGGGCCACGUAUCUGCAUUGGCAUGCGUUUCGGAUUGGUGCAAGUGAAGCUGGCGAUGGUACACCUGCUGUCGAAGUUUAGCUUCCUGCCAGUUGGUGACAAGCCGUCCAAGCUCCGGAUGGCCCCGAACAACCUGCUGCUGACGCCGGAGGGCGGGAUAGAGCUGCGCGUCGAGCGGCGACAAGUGCCGGCCAGCUGAAGCUCCAGCCACCGCGGACGACACUCGUAAAACGACCUGCGCAACAGGAUGACAUUUCCCGCUGAUGUGAACGUGCUGGACAGAACCGUUGUACACAUUCGUUGGUUUAUUAGUUUCACCUCAUGGGCAUGUCGCCAGUUAUUAUCUAAACGAGACUUAUGUAACGAAACUGGUUCUGGUGAGAUUAAACUACCGAAUUUUGAUUGUGAGUGUGCUUAAACAGUAAUACCCAGAAACGUAAUGAAGCGACAUUUAAUGACUUGAGACGAGGAAAAACUACGUUUUGAUACCAGAGUUACUGUAAAAGUCACGUUCGCAUUUCGUAAACAAAACCCCUGCUGUUGUUGUGGUCUUCAGUCCUGAAACUGGUUGGAUGCAGGUCUCCAUGCUACUGUAUCCUGUGCAAGCUGCUUCAUCUCCCAGUAACUACUGCAGCCUACAUCCUUCUGAAUCUCCUUAGUGUAUUCAUCUCUUGGUCGCCCUCUACGAUUUUUACCCUUCACACUGCCCUCCAAUGCUAAAUUUGUGAUCCCUUGAUGCCUCAAAACAUGUCCUAAAAACCGACCCCUUCUUCUAGUCACGUCGUGCCACAAAUUCCUCUUCUCCCCAAUUCUGUUCAGUACCUCCUCACUAGUUAUGUGACCUACCCAUCUGCUCUUCACCAUUCUCCUGUAGCACCACAUUUCAAAAGCUUAUAUUCUCUUCUUGUCUAAAUUACUUAUCGUCCAUGUUUCACUUCCAUACAUGGCUACAGUCCAUGCAAAUACUUUCAGAAACGACUUCCUGACACUUAAAUCUAUACUCGAUGUUAACAAAUUUCUCUUCUUCAGAAACGCUCUCCUUGCCAUUGCCAGUCUACAUUUUAUAUCCUUUCUACUUCGACCAUCAUCAGUAUUUUGCUCCCCAAAUAGCAAAUCUCAUUUACUACUUUAAGUGUCUCAUUUCCUAAUCUAAUUCCAUCAGCAUCACCCGACUUUAUUCGACUACAUUCCAUUAUCCUCGUUUUGCUUUUGUUGAUGUUCAUCUUAUAUCCUCCUUUCAAGACACUGUCCACUUCGUUCAACUGCUCUUCCAGAUCCUUUGCUGUCUCUGACAGAAUUGCUAUGUCAUCGGCGAACCUUAAAAUUUUUUUUUCUUCUCCAUAUACCUACUCCGAAUUUUUCUUCUGUUUCAUUUACUGCUGCUCAAUAUACAGAUUGAAUAACAUCGGGGAGAGGCUACACCCCUAAAUUACAAAACUCUCAUGAAUGCUUUUGUAAAAGUAAGCGAAACAAAUCGUUCUAUUGCCCAUAGACAGUUGCAAACUUAAGUAAGAUCACUUAUGACUUAAGAAUAUUGUAAUAUGACGAUUUGCACAAGGCUUUCUGUCACUGUUCAUCUGUCAGAUUUAAAAUUCCAGCUACAUUUAGACCUUGCAUUCAAUCAGAAAAAACCUACUUUAUUCUAUAUUCUGACUGAUUAGAGCCAGAAAGCUAAUGGCCGACAUCACUACCGACACAAAUUUUACCAAAUACAACAUUUAAAUAUGUAAUUUCCCGGAGCGUAUCUCCUAAAAGACAUUUAAGGUACAUAUGAUGGCAAACGAAAGCAAAAAGACACAAAGUCGGGUAACGGUACCGGAUAAAAUUGUGUAUAGCGCAUGGAAUUGGGUAAAGCGGAUUAAAGACGCAUUAUUAUACUUAAUUACUACCGUCUGGGUGACAGGAGAGAGAAAAAAAACCUGACACACAUUUAGAAAGCUGUGACCUGUACGUUUGCAAUCUGUGUCAUAAGCAACACGAGAAAUUAAAACUAUGGCAGCGAUCAGAAUUUAUCAUUUAGGGUGUCUUUAAGGCUUAGUGAUUUCAAUGUAAGCAAAUUGUUGCAGCGCCCACAUGUGCGAAGCUACAUCUAUUUUUCAGCUGAAGUGUAUCAAAGAAAUACAGUAAAUGCAAUGGAAGUGAAACACACUUUUUUACCGUAGUUUUUCUUUUCGUUUUUCUGCCAAAUAUGACAUUUUUGUAAUUUUGGGAGUAAAGUGGAUCAGGUCCUGAAAAUAGAUAAAGCUUGCAGAAGAGAAAAAAAUAGAUAACAAUGAAGGUUAUUUGCGUGACUUAACGAGAAGAGUUAAGAUCACUGAAAUUACGAAAAGCCUCUGAAGUUCACUACGACAAGGGGCACCAUUUUCUCGUUUCAUUCAAUCUUGACAAUAUAAAUAGAUGCCACGUAGGCAGAUAAGGACAGUGCUGUAAUCAGUUUUUAAGGAAAAAGGUGGCAAGUUGUGGAUACAUUUCGUAUGUAUUGAUGCUGUUGACAUUCAAACAGUUUCCAUAUUACACAUAUCUGUAAGACAACGGUGAAAGAUUUGGGGAGGAGGUGAUAUAAUGUCGCAGAUAUUAAUGUGAACAAUGUGCAGUUGAUAUAGUUGACAUACAUGACACAAUAACAUUACCAGGAAAUCCAUGGGAAACUUUUGCAUUUUUAUGGUUUCAAAUAAUAACAGUAUUUGGAAUAAGUGUAGUCGUUGGGAUAAGGGUAGUUGAGUGAAUGAAGAGAAAACAUCUUUAAUAGUGAACCGAAUGGUGUGAAAGAAAAAUCAUGCAUUUAUGAUACGUCCCGGUAUAUACAUCUCCAUGUGACCAAAAACAAGUUUUCCCUUCGGAAUGUUUGUUCUGGGUUUUACGACAGGCAGAGAUCAGAGUCUGUCAGUAGGGCUGCUUAAUAUAUAACUUUAACUCAACAAACAUUUUCACUACAAUAAGAACGUUAGGCCAUAAAUCACAAUUCAAGACGACGAUGAUGAAUGUGUCAUUUCUGGAAGUACAGUCGUUUAGGAAAGUCAACCUGUACAACUGGUAGAGAUAACGAACUAUCGUGGUGGUGACAGUUAUUAUCUGUGGGAAUUCUGUUAACCAAUUAUCCCAGUCAAUGAGUACUUUCAAACAAAUGAAAUGGUAUUUGGAAUAAGAUAACAGGAAAAGAUUGUCUGUUAUCAAUGAUUAAUAAGCUAACUCCGUAAUACUGUAGGUAUGAAGCUUGGCAUCCAUGAUGUCUCUUCUGCCUAUGAAAGUUAAAAGUCUCUUUUAUGUUAAAAUUUUCCACAAACUUGAAGUUUUUCGAAAAAUCGGUAUGAGGUGUCACAAGCCGGUUAAAAAACCUUUAUAAAGAUAUGUCAUUCAUUCCUGUACAAUUACUGUGUUGAGAAAAAGAAAUGUUGACUUGAGAAAUAACAUAUAUGAUUGUUAUUGGUUUUCAGUUCAAGUUCUUAAAUUUAUUUGUUAUUUAACUGUAUUUUCAAUUGUAAUUGCAAUGUUGAAGGUAUUUUUCGUUUAAAUAUAUACCAUUAUUUUUUUAAA